AUGAAUUCAAGUAUAAUCAAUAUUGGAGUCUAUUAAAUACUUCUUAAUCGUUUGAUUGGAUAAGGAUGGCAUUCAACUACAUAUUAAUGUAUAAAUAUCCAAUAAAUGUAAAAAUAAUUGGUGGCCAAAAUCUAUUAAAGUUAAACAGUUCCUAAUGAUGCAGAAAUUAUCAAACUUAAAAAGCUGAAUCAUGCUAACGUUGUUUAAAUUUAUGAUGUAUAUUAAAAUGAAAAGGACGUUAUAAUUAUUAUGGAGAAAUGUCAGUCAUCUUUAAGGAACGAAAUGAAAUUUCAGAAGGAAUAUGAUGAGAUGGAGCUAUUGGCUGUUUUAAGUUAAAUCUUGAAGGGUUAUAAUUAUAUUUUGGAUCAGGGUUUAGAAAUAAAUGAAUUGAAACCAACUAAUAUUAUGAUCGAUGAUAAUGAAAUCAUUAAAGUCUCGAAUUAUGGUAUGAGUAACCUCUAUAAACAUUCUGAUGUAGAAGUUAGACCUUAUGCGGCCCCAGAAAUCUUCUUUAGCAAUAAGCAGACUGAUGCCAAAAACAUAUAUUCGUUAGGUUUGAUUAUUUAUUAACUUGUAUUUCAUUAAUUACCAUUCUCGUUAAAGUAGAAUGGUGACGUGAUUGCAUUUCUAUAGAGAAUUAAAAAAUCUAAGCUCUAAAUUCCUUAAAAUAAAUUCUAAAAGAUAACUGAGAUCAUUUCUCAAAUGAUAAUUUAUGAUUAUUAAGAAAGGAUAAAUCGAGAGAAAUUGGGAGAAUUAUUAAUUUAGAAUUUCAAGAGAGGAACCAAUUGCUGCAAAGGCUGACGAUUAUUUAUACUUUUGAUUUUUAGAAAUUAUUUUAUUAUUUUAUUUAUUCAAUAAA